ACCUGUGUGUGUGUGAAUUACCGGUAAGUACUAAUUAAGUACUUACUGACAACAUUUAUGAAGAUGAAUCAGAAAAGCUGCCAUUAACAAAAUUAAUUUUUUCUCAACACAGCCAAACAAACAGGAAACCCCUCUCUCUCUCUCUCUCUCUCUAAAAACUCAAGCAAACCCGGCCCAGAAAGAUUCCCUCAUUUUUUUCUCUCUCUAGAGUUGCUUGAAUUUUGUCACCUAGUGGCGUUUGGUGAAAUGUUGAUGGGUCAAUGUAGAAAAUUUGUAAACGCAGAAACAUCACACACCAGAAAGAGCCAUGAAUGAAGUGCCUAACGACGAACAAUCACAUGAGAUGCAUUCUGAAGAUGAUAAAGCCCUUCUGGAUGAGAACAACAAUACAAAAAGGUCUGUAAAGACAUAUGCUCAGGUUCAAGUAUUGAAGAAAUUUUACAACGAACACAAGUACCCUCCAGAGUCGAUACAAACACAACUCGCAGAGUCAAUAGGUUUGUCAGAGAAGCAAGUUUCCGAGUGGUUUUGUCAUCAAAGAUUGAAAGACAAGAGUUUAAUGACAAAUGCCGAUAACUACGUAAUCAGAAAGCACGACCUGUCAAGUGGGCCCAGGCAAGAUUCAUGUGGAAGCAUCAAAAAACAGGGACAUGAUGCAUAUUCGGGAAGUAGUUCUUCGUUGCGCGAUAUGUCUAAUCAUCGUACAGGUGGUGACCCCACAUUGGAUAUGGCGACUUCGAAUUACUUUACACCGAAAUAUCCUCUGAUGGAUGUGAAAACCAGGCCUGGUCGAUCGGGUUACUUGAAAGUCAAGGGUCAACACGAGAUGAGCGCUGUAACUGUAGUCAUGAAGCAGAUGGGAAAGCAUUAUAGGGAGGAUGGCCCACCACUUUCUGUGGAGUUUGACCUACUUCCGCCCGGUGCAUUUGAGUCCCCUCGUGCAACUUGCUAUGCUGAAGAAGAUGUUCUUGCCACCUCACCCGAUUAUCCGAAAAUCCACCAGCAUCCCAAUUUUGGCAAGGGGUGUGGGUACAACUCCAGAAUGGCUUCUCAGAGUUCCAACACGGACGGAACUCGUUCAACAAAACCGCAAGGAUCCGAUAUUCCCAAUAGUUACAUUCACCAGGCGUUUAAGCAGAACAACUCUUUGCCUAAUAAUGGUGCCUACGGUGCAAGAAUGAACUCUUUCUUACCAUUGGAUGAAGUUUCUGCCACAGAAAAUAUAUUUGGCGGUGAGAAUAGAGACAACUAUGGAAUGAGGUACAGAUACGGUGUUGAAGGAAAGAGAAUGGCUUCCAUGCAACCUUUUGGCGAAAUUUUGAACAGGGAAAAAGAGUCCACUUUCCGAAAGUAUAACGAUGUGGGCGGAAAUAUUUCCAAGGGAGAAAACAUUGAAAAUUUGACCGUGAAAGACUUUAAAAUUCACAAUUCUUUCGACCAAGUUCACCACAGACAGACUAAUGCAAAGGAUGGAAGAACAUACGCGGAAAGGUGGACGGAGAUAACAAAUGAAAAUCAGGUUCAUAAAAGAACGAGGAACGAAUUUCCUCAGAGCUACACCUGAAGAAAUCUCACUGGUUUUCGGUAGAGUGAAAAAGAAAACGGGUAUAGGUAUAUAUGAUGAAUAUAUGGAUGAUCCUAGUAUAGUUCUUUCUUUUUGUUUGGUCGUAUAGGGUCGAAAUUAGCAUUUAAUCAACUUUUUUUUGAUGAAUAUAUGGAUGAUCCUAGUAGAGUUCUUUCUUUUUGUUUGGUCGAAUAGGGUUGAAAUUAGCAUUUUUCGACUUUUUUUUUUUGAGUAAAAAACUAAAUUCGACGAAAGUUCACCGGUUAUAAAUCUCA